UUAUUAUUACGAUUAUACAUUUGAUUACAAUAUUACAUGCAACCCAGAUUACGACGUUAUAAGUCAUAAUAGCGCGGUUUUUAUCGAUUCAUCGAGAUCAUUUUAACUUAUUUUACUGUGCAUUUUAAUGAAAUUUAGUGAUUUUUAAAUAUCAUAUAACAAUAUUCUUUCAAAUUUGAAGACACUCUGUGAUAGAUAUUCGAAGAGAUCUAUCGUUGAGAAACAGUAACGUUAAAAGCUCAAUUCAAUGGGUUCAGUUUCCAGUACACAAAAGAUCAUGCCUGCAACACGAGAAAUGGUCGAUCAACUGAUCGCUUCAGAUCAAAUUGUUAUAUUUUCCAAGACGCGUUGCCCGUAUUGUAAAAUGGCAAAACAAGUAUUUGAAUCAUUGAAAAAAGAAUAUACUGCCAUUGAAUUGGAUGAAAGGGAUGACGCAGAAGAAAUCCAAUCUAUAUUGGGAGAAAUGACAGGUGCGAGAACAGUUCCUAGGGUAUUUGUUAAAGGAGAAUGCCUUGGAGGAGGUACUGAUAUAAAAAAGCUUUAUGAUAGCGGAGAAUUACAGAAUAAAUUUUAAAUUAUUGGUAAAAAGCAUGUACCUGGUUUCUUUAUGUAAUAUAUCAAAUAAUCAUGAUACCGUGCAUUCUAUACUAUGUUACGUAACAAUAGUAACUGAAUUCUAUAUGUAAUAACAAUUUCAAUAAAUACUUUGAUUUAAAAGUA